AAACGAGCUCCUUAGACUUAACCUGGGCGCGCUUUAAUUGGCGUAGGAAGGAAAGCCGCUUGUUGACUUUCUUUACUAUCUCAUCUACAUGCGCGUUCCAUUUAAGAUCAACUGAGAAGGUGACGCCUAACAUCUUAGCUUUAUGAACGCACUCUAACUCCUUACUAUUGACCACAAUUACGUCAAAGUCAGGUGGGGAUCUUGAAAAUGAGAUGCAUAGCUCCUUACAUUUGCCCUCGUCCAACUGGGAACCUGAAUGCUGAAUACAUGAACUUAUACAGGACCAAUUCUUAGCCAGCUUUUGUUGACUUGUAAACUUCCUGUUUAAUUCAAUUUGUUCAAAUGAAAUGCUGGCUGUUUUGUAAAAAAAGCUGAUUUAUUUUCAACCUGUCCAGGGAUGUUGCUUCGAAAGACACGUGUAAACUAAAAAUCAGGUGUGACUGAAACGAUUAAUCACUUUAUUCCAGCAAAAACGGAACGGGGAAGGGGUCGAGGUAAUGAAACAGCUCGUGGGACGCCUCGAGGGAAACCCGCUGCUAGGGGUACGCAUUCUUCGCAAAAGAAAGUGCGCGAAGGAGCGGCCAGAGAAUAUUGUUACGAUGGUCGUUGGAAGAAAGGGGAUAAAGGAAGAGGAAGAGGACAAUGGCGAGGACGAGGCUUUGACAGCACACGAGGAGGACCACAACAAAGAGGAGGGGGACAUGGCCCCCGAAGUGGGGCUGAGCUAGAGCCACGUCAGCGUCCAGAUGCAGCUUCCCAAGGAUUCAAACAGCCUAACAUCAAGUAUGAGUGGAACAAAUUGUACGUAUUGGGUUUACACUACAAAACAACACCAGACGCUGUGAAGAAUUAUAUUGAAAGAAUAAGCAGUUAUGAUGUGAAGUAUGUCGAGUGGUUUAAACCAAAUGGAAAAGCCAUUGUGACGUUAGACACUCCCAAGAUUAUAGGUAAUCACAAGAGGUUUUGCAGACAUUCUCGAAGCGGCGAAAAAUAGGCCCCUUGAAGGUGUGCAGGUGGUUAUUGAAAGAGCCCCUGAGUGCAAGAGCAUAUUCGCGAGUGGAUUUUCUGAACAAACUACUCAGGAUGAAGUAGCAAGCUACUUUGAUGGUUGGGGUGAAAUAGAAGAUAUUAAAUUCAGCAAUCCAUGGGACGAAAAAGUGAAGGAAAAGAGAGCUAUCGUUUACUUCAAACACAAAAAGAGUGUUUUGCAGUCUAUCAAGGACGAUCACUUUCUCGAUGAUAAACCUUUUCAUGUGGAGGCCUUUUACCGUUUUAUGGGAACACUCACACCUGUUGACGAACCGUCAAGAUCAACACGUGGAACCUCAGGUGAAGUGGAAGGAGACAGCCAGCCCAAGUUUUACAAGCUCGUGGACAAAGACAUCAUGGAAUUUUUGUUAAAGUCCAACCAAGAGCCCAGACUGAAAGAGCGUCUUCACUCAAGUGAACACGCUGGCUUACGGUGGAAGAACGGAGAAAUGUACGUGCUGAUCAAAUAUGAAUGCAGUGGGAAGAAAACUGACAACGAAUUUGAUGAGAAAGCAUGGAAAAGUCGCUGUUCUGAGAUAGUCGAUUCAUUCAUUGAUAGUUGCACCGCAAAAGAAAUACCGGUAGAUGAAGAGAUUUGGGAAGCAGUAACCGAUCAAUUACCACAGAUAGAAGGAUUUUUGCCAAAAUUCACAGCGCAUGUUAAGCUGUUGAAAGACUCGCGUACCGUUAAGUUAAUUUGUCAAAAAUCAAACAUGUCAGAUUUUGAGGAAAAACUUGGAGGUCGACUAAUGGUCAUUCGGCAGCAAGAAGACGAGAAAAAGCUGGAGAGGAGGACGCUUACUGAUAUAGCAAGCGAGAAGCUGCUUCUCUUCCAAAAUGCUCGGAUUGAGGACAUUUUGAAGAAGGAAGUUCACCAAGACAUUCAAGUUAGGAUCAAUCCGAGUAACAAAAACCUUGAAAUUAAAACACCUAAGGGAUCCAUGGCAUCCGUCGUACCUUAUCUCCGAAGGCGUCAAGACGAAAUUGACCAAAAUGCAAUAGCUGUUCCCCCGGAAAUUAUAGAGAUACUAAAAACGAAGGUUGGACGAAGGAAGAUGAAUGAAGAAUUGCCAGACGGAUGCGCUUUUAACGUUGAUGACAGAAGUAAGAAAGUCAUUUUUCUUGGGAGAACACCCCACGAGACCCAGCAAGGAAAAAUCAAGGCGAAAGAGGUACUAGUAAGUAACCAUGAUGUUGAGUUCCGCAUUACGGAUAACGACCUGAUCUCUUCAAAGAACUGGGACGACCUAUGUAAGAAGUUGGUGAAACGCCUUACGAUCCGCCACAAACGUGAACUGGCUUGCAUAGCUGUGUUUGGGUUCAAGAAAGACGUCAUGGAAGCCGUAAAGAGAAUGAGAGACUUUCUUAAUGAAAAGAAAGCGACGGAAGGUGAAACGAGGCUUACUUCGCAAAUUCAUCGAAAAUUCUUCAAGAACUAUUACCAAGAGGAGCUGAAGAAAAUCUCAGAUGAACUUCACCAUUUUGGUGUCCAAAUAGCCGUAGAUGAAAGGGGAGAGAGAAUAAAAUAUUCUGGGAAUGAAGAGGGCGUGAAAGAAGCUGAAGAGAGGAUAUACAUUCUGCUGGAGAACAUCAGAGAAAAAAGUUUAACAGUUUCAUUACCUGGUAUGAAAACUUUCCUGACCCAGGAAGAGGGAAGACGGUUAACAGAAACCAUCGAAAUGGAGAAGAAAUGUAUCAUCAGAAUAAUGGACGAAGCAGAGGAACACGAAGGUGAUGAUGAUGAUAGUGAAAGCGAAGAACCAUCUAGCGAUGAAACUGGAAUCGAAGAGAAUUUUGAAGGUGUAGAAACGUUCUCUACUGCAGAGGGGAAAAAUGUCACGUGGAAAAUAGGAAAUAUCGCAGAUGAGCAGGCUGAUAUUUUAGUUUGUUCCGUCGGGUCAAAAUUUAAUCUUGCCAUUGGUGCCAUUGCAAAUGCCAUCAGUAAAGCUGCUGGCCCAGAUUUACAAGAGCAGUUAAGAAAAAAGACUUUCGGAAAGCAAUUUGAUGAAGGUGACAUCGUUCACACUGGCCCAGGAAACUUACACUGUCGUCAUGUGAUCCAUUGUGUUUGCUGCCCAUGGAAAGGAGAUCCUAAACAGGAACAGCUUCUUCAAGAGCUUUUUCGGAAGUGCUUUGACAAAGCUUCAGAACUUGGUGCAUGUUCAAUAAGUAUGCCGCUUGUGGGAACUGGUAACUUGGGUUUCCCUUGUGACACUGCGGUCCAGAUUUUGAUCCAGGCAGCAGUUGAUUACAGCCGCUCAAAUCCAGACUCACCCCUGGAAGAAUUUAAGUUUGUUUUAUAUGGCGAGGAUGAAAGGGGGAUUGAAACAUUCACAGAGAAAUUUAGAGAUUUCAAGGGAAACCAAAAGCCCAGACUGAAAAUUCGAAAACCAAAAGCUCGUCAGAACAAGCCAACACCUGCCCUGCCUGAAUUUAAAUCUAAAGAGGUAUGCGUUGAAGAUGUGGUUUUAAAGGUCAUGAAAGGAGACAUCACCGAGCAAAGAACAGAUGCCAUUUGUAAUAUUGUUACUAAAGAUCUUAACAUGAAAUUUGGAAAUUUGAGCGGAGCCAUCAUAAAGGCAAGUGGGAGCACUGUCGAAAAAGAAUUGAAGACGAAAGCCCCAAAGCACCCAGCUGGGUCCGUUGUGAUCACAUCUGCUGGGCGUCUGUCUGCAGAGUGCAUCGCACAUAUGGUUGUGGGACCUGUAACCAAGAAGAACCUUCAGACAUGCGUAGAGAAAGCACUGGAAAAGGUGGACUCCAUGGGCUUGAAAUCCGUAUCUAUUCCGGCAGUUGGCAGUGGAGGAUUAGGUCAAACUGCGGACGAAUCAGCAGAAUUGGUCUUCGGGGCAAUCCGUGCACUUAUGGUACGACCAGACCGUUCAAUUCGGGAGAUUAGAGUUGUAGUUUUUGACAAUUCUGUCACUGCAGCAUUCGUGGCCGAGUUGGAAGCGAUCCAGGGCGAAACUGAUGACUUUCCCCACCCUGACGAUGAAGACGAUGAUCAAGGCUACUACGAAAUGGGUUCAGGAGCGUCUAUCGAUGUGUUAACAAGAAAACGGCGCAAGAAGAUCGUCAUCCAUGCACGGUCAGAGUCAUUUGAUGCAAUUUUGACAGCCUUGAAAGACGGUGUAGAAAAAGCCUGUGGCAACCCUCGCGUCAUCAGGCACGAAAUUAUAGGUCGUCUGCCAAAAAGAUGCAUGCGUGAGCUGAAACGUAAAUCUCGUGCUCGAGACGUAAGACUAGAGCAACCAGAGCCGAACAUGCUAACACUGGAAGGACUUCCAAAAGAUGUAAUGGACGUUAACUCAGAAGUUUCGGAUGUAAUCCAAGAGCAGAUGGAGAGAGAACAUAAAGAGGAACGUGCAGAGCAGAUGUCUAAAACCGUUCAAUGGUACUUAGUCAAUCCAGGGGGAAAACUUGCCGCUUUCGAGAAGAUGGCCAAUAAUGAAAUAGAAUCAGCAUAUAAAGAGAAGAAACCGUCACUCUUAUUCACACAUCAGGACCGGAAGGCUGAGAUCAACUUCGGGAGCAAAGAGGUCACGUUCCUGAGAACUGGCGCCAUCAAAAUGGUCCUUCGUAAAGAUGUGCUUCCUCUUCCUGAUGAAUGGGAUCCACAACCUCGGGACGACCGUGGAAAAGAGGAGAUCCUUCACAUGGUCAGCCUCCCAAAUGACUCUCAAGAAUAUAAAGCGGUUGGAGAGAAAUUUCUUCGGUUAAUGAAUGGAAAAGUGGUUAUUAAAAAGAUCGAGAGAAUUCAAAAUCCGUCGAUGUUCAAUUCGUACAUGUUAAGGAAACAAGCCAUGGAUGAAAAGAAUGGAACCAUCGACAACGAACUGGAACUGUUUCACGGAACGAAGCCUGACAGUGUGAAGGAGAUCAACGUACAGGGAUUUAAUAGAAGUUUGUGUGGCGUUCAUGGUGCAGCGUAUGGUGAUGGUGUCUAUUUUGCAAAAGAUGCUCGUUAUUCUUUUUCAUACUCGCAACCAGGCCCAAAUGAUGAACGCUGCAUGUAUUUAGCCAGAGUGUUGGUUGGGAAGUACACCGUUGGCGAGAAAGGACUGAAAAAACCUCCCGCCAAAGACCCCAGCAAACCCGAAAUCCUCUUCGACUCGGUAGUAAAUAGGGAGGAAGAUCCGACGAUCUUUGUUGUUUUUAAUGAUUUUCAUGUCUACCCGAAGUACUUAAUUAACUUUGAGGAAACUAAAAGGUAGUCGAAAUGUGCUCAUCAAUGAAAUUGUUCCCGACUGUUUAAAGUGUGUAAAAGUAUGAAACAUUUUUCAAACGUUUUGUGAAAGUUAGUGAAAUUAUCAGAAUCGGUUAUUUAGACAAUGGGCAAGAAUUGGUCUAUCUUUGGCUAAAACUAGACGCAUGGCUGCGUGAACUCGGGCUUUUGUUUGAAGUUGUUGUGAAAUAUGAUAGUGCCGUAGUUAAAAUUUUUUGAUGAAUAAUUAAUUCAUAGCGUGGCAGCACCCAAGUUAUUCGAGUUGAGAAGAAUUUGGCUGUUAGUAAACUAAGAAAACCGUGAAUUCUCAUAUUCCUGAGUUAUUUUUAAUGAUCUUGUUUCAAAAGAAUGCAAGAUAUUGGUGAAACUUGAGAGAUGUUUUGUAUUAUUGAGUUGCGGUGAAACAAAUAUUCUAUACAUUGGUGUUCAUGAUUUUCUUAGUUUGACUUUAGUAAGUGUAUCAUUUUCUUCCAUGCACCUUCACUUUCUUUAUAAAUAGCAAGAGGGAAUACACGUAUUUGACCUUUUUGAAGGUUUAAAAAUACUUGUCAUACAAAAAUCUGAAAACCACGUCAAAAAUCUUGUGGAUUAUUUCUUACAAGAUUUUCGAGAAUUGAUUUGUU